AACCUUACCGGCCGUUUUUUAAGAAGUGUAUAAUAAACAUUGAAUAUUAAACAAUGUCAGCAAAGCCUAUGACAAGUAACAAUUUACCAUGGGUCGAAAAGUAUCGACCGAAAAAUUUGGAUGAUUUAAUAUCUCACGAAGAAAUCAUCAAAACGAUAAAUAAAUUUAUCGAUGAAAAUCAACUUCCUCAUCUACUCUUUUACGGACCUCCCGGUACCGGGAAAACUAGCACUAUACUUGCUUGUGCUCAUAAGUUGUACACACCAGCUCAGUUUAAUUCAAUGGUAUUGGAAAUGAAUGCUUCGGAUGACAGAGGUAUUGGUAUAGUGAGAGGACAGAUUCUUAGUUUUGCAAGUACUGGUACACUGUAUAAAUCUGGUUUUAAAUUAAUUAUCCUGGAUGAAGCUGAUGCUAUGACCAAUGAUGCACAAAAUGCUCUUAGGAGAAUAAUUGAGAAGUAUACAGACAAUGUAAGAUUUUGUAUCAUAUGUAAUUAUCUUGGUAAAAUUAUCCCUGCUCUUCAAUCUAGAUGUACCAAGUUUAGAUUUGGACCAUUGUCUCCAGAUCAAAUUUUACCAAGAUUAGAAACUAUUAUUAAAGAAGAAAAUUUAAGUGUAAAUGAAGAUGGAAAAGAGGCAUUAAUGGCAUUAAGUGGAGGAGAUAUGAGAAAAGUUUUAAAUGUUCUUCAGAGUACAUGGCUUGCUUUUGGUUCAGUCACAGAAGAAACUGUAUAUUCCUGUGUUGGUCAUCCUCUUCCAGUUGAUAUAAAGAACAUUGUGAACUGGUUAUUAAAUGAAUCAUAUGAAUCCUGUUAUUGCAGUAUCCUUUUUUUGUUUUAUAUACAUACACUGAUUAUCAGUCCAUUAAUUAUGUUUUCUUUAACAUGUGUAUCUAUAGAAAUUCAAGACAUAAAAGUGAAGAAAGGGCUGGCAUUACAAGAUAUUCUAACAGAACUCCAUUUAUUUGUAAAUAAAAUUGAGUUUCCAGAUUCGAUACUUAUUGAUCUGGUAAUUAAGCUGGCGGAAAUAGAGAAGAGAGUAUCUAUUGGUUGCAGCGAGCCGGUGCAAUUAAAUGCUCUUGUUUCGGCGUUUCAAAAUGCUCGUGACGUCGAAGCUUAGUUAUAGAAAAUUCAUCUACGAAAUGAUAAGUUUCUUCAUGAUGGCCGACGAACGUGCCUGGGUGUAUUCGACGCAAUCACCGUAUGUCUGUGCUUGAUCGUACAAGUGGAACAACGUCUGACAGUGGUCUGACAAAUACCGCCCAAUCAGCACGCGAUCGUUCAAGCAUCACGUCGACGAAAACAUAUCCAGAGUCCAAACAUGCAAUGCUGUUAUUUUCUGUCCCAGUGAUGCUCACUGAUUUCAUCGAUCUUUGUUAUCAUAGAAAUUAUUUAACACUUUCAAAUAGCCAUAUAAAUCAUUCAGAAAUAAAGUA